AUGUAUCUAAUCAUAGUGGAUGGCCACAGCAAGUGGCCAGAAGUUAUCAAGAUGCUCUCUACCAAUACUUCUGCUCUAGGAGAUGCAUUAAUCCCUUUCUUUGUUCAAUUUGGCCAGCUUAAGGUGAUUCUGCCAGACAAUGGGCCCCAACUGCAUGCACCUAAAGCUAGUAUGUUUGAUGAAACAUCCGACAUUGAUAAAUUGAAUAUAUGGUUACUCACAUAUCAGAAUGCAGAACACACAUUCACAGGCCAAAGCACUGCCAUGCUUAUGUUUGGGAAGGAUAUAAGGACUCAAUUAAGCCUGACCAAAUCAUGUGACAUUCAGCCAAAGAUCAGACCCAAGUUAAUACCUGAGAAGAGUUGUACAUUCAGUGUUGGAGAUUUUUUAUGUAUGAGGAAUGGUGUAUGGGGAAAGGGUAUAGUUUUGAAAAGAGGAAGAAAUGGUAUGCACAUUGUAAAAUAUCUUAAUGUGCCAAUACUUGAUGAUGAUGUAGCUGAUUUCAUCUCUUGUUCUGAAACCAACAACAUUCCAGAGAGUCAACCAUAA